UUCCCAGCCGGGCUCGGAGCGGAUCACUUCGGAGGCGAGAGAGAGGCGCUCGGCCAAAGCCAACGGAACCAGUCCUGCAACAUGUCGGAGCCGAAAUACCGAGAAUGGAUCCUGGAAACCAUCGACUCCCUGCGCUCGAGAAAAGCCCGACCGGACCUGGAAAGAAUCUGCCGAAUGGUCCGAAGAAGACACGGCUCAGACCCGGACAAAACCAGGGCUGAACUAGAAAAACUGAUCCAAGAGCAAACUGUGCUGAAAGUUAGCUACAAGGGGUCCAUCUCCUACAGGAACGCUGCUAAAGUGCAAAGGAAAUGCAGAAAGAGAACGGAGCAAACCACCGACAGCUGCGAGCCGCUCGGUGAACACGACAAACGCGCGAGAUGCAAUAACAACGACAGCGCGCUCAGCCUCACGGACCAAGAGGAGUGCGAGGACAAGGAGCCCGAGGAACCCGGGGCGAGCCCGUGUCCUGACCCCCUGCCUCAAACCUCGCCCUCCGCUCUUGUAAAGGAAGAGCAGAUUUUACCACAAUCUAGCGGAAACAGUUUUGUUAGUUGUGGCGCAUCGGGCCACUCCGCCGGGAGCGUGAAGGCAAGUGCAUCGAGAGACAAGAGCUCGGUCGCCGAGGCGGGAGCAACCGGCUCCUCUCUCCACCGCGAUGCUGCAAACAGGCGGGCUGAAGGAGACGUGACGCUCGGCCACGAGGGCAGCGAUGAUGAUGAUGAUGGUGAUGAGAAAGAAAAGAAAACUUGCUCAAGCGCCGGCAGUCCGCAUCCGAGAAACAAGCCCCCCGCGUCCACCAAACCCAAACUUAAGGAGGGGGCAAAGGGCUCCGGGACGCGCUGCUCGGACUCUCCGGAUGAGAGCAGCGCUGAUCUGGGCGACAGGCUGGUUUCUGCGGUCCGAAGUCUGUCCGAGAGACACCGGGGCUCCGCCGCAACACGGGGCCACGCGCCGCCGGGGCUCAAAGAGAUCCUCGACUACCUCAGCACGCAGCGAGGGAUGCCCGGGGAGAAGCUGACCCGCAACCGGGUUAAAGUGGUGCUGGAGCGCGAGAUCGAGAGGGGUCGACUCCGCAGGACCCGCCUGGGCCACAUCACUGCUGCCGCGCGGGGGAUGGGGGCGGCCAAGCCGUCCUCGCGGCUCCUGAAGAGCGCACUGCAGGACAGACGUCUCGCGAAGAAGGAGGAGGUGAAGACAGAAGAAAGGAUGGAGGAGGAGAGCGAGGAGCAUGACACAGUGGGCUCAGCGGAGGAUGUUCCCAUCACUGAUGGAGGUCCCGCAGGUGUCAAGGCCUCACCUGACACCCAGGUGCAGAAUGAUAAUGGCACCGACCCACCGCUGACCUCAGACCAGUGCUCCUUACAACAGGAAGUAGACGGGGGAGGACGUGAAGAGCAGACCGUGUCUGUGGAGCCCGAGGAUGCUGAGAAAAACACAGAUGCUCCUGAUCAGCUACAUCCCAGCACUGAGGAUCGGCUGAUUGUGGUGUCAGAGACCGUAAAGGCUCCAUCGUCAAUACCUCUAAGAAACUGUGCAGACUGUAAGCUGGAGGUGGGAGUCUCGUCAUGUUUGCUGACUCCCUCUGCCUCACCAGGAGCGGCUGAAGAACGAGGGAUGAAUGAAGGAAUAGGUGGGUUUCUGAAGUUUGAGACGGGGGGCAUGAGCCCGGUGGACUGGACUGUAGCAGACGUGGUCAGUUACUUCACCGCGGCUGGAUUCCCAGAGCAGGCGCUCGCCUUCAGGACACAGGAGAUCGACGGGAAGUCCCUCCUUCUGAUGCAAAGGAAUGACGUGCUGACAGGCCUGUCAAUCAAACUCGGUCCCGCCCUAAAGAUCUAUGAAAGACACGUGAAGGUUCUGCAGAGGACCCAUUUCCAGGAGGACGAAGCUUUCUGCUGAUACACACACACACACGCAUAUAUUUGAGCUAUUGUACAUGACAAAGUAAUUUGCAUGUACAUAUACCAAACAAUAUUUACUCAUCCCAGAACACGCAUAUUCCUGAAGACAUUCCUGAAGACAUUCAAUACGACUCUGAAGGAGUUUUCGUUUUCCUCACACAAUAAUGUAUAUAUAUAUUUUUUUUAAAUCAGUUAUCCUGCAGCUAUUGGAAAGAACUUUGGACGGAAAAGUGAGUAAAAUGAACUGAACUGAGUAGAAGAAUGGAGUAAGUUUGGGAAGACUGAAAGGAGAAAAAAAAUGAAGAAGCGUCACCGUUUUUUGAAAUGACUGCAGUUCUGUGCAGUUAACGCUGCUCUGAUGGAUACCACUGCUCGGACUGUGACACUUGACCCUGAAUUCAUUUCAUCAAGUUGAUUUUUUCUUUUUUCCAGUCCAGUAGGGGGCGGAAAAUCUUUUUUUUGUGUGACCUCACUGGUUUCAUGAUUGCUAUUGAAACCAAAGGAUGGAGGGUCUCCACCGCACAGAGAACUUUUUGUUAAAAAUGUUGCACCAAUGUAAAAAAGAAACCUGUCUGGCUACAGUUUUAAAUAAGUAAGUUCUUGACAUUGACUGAAGCCCUCGUCUUCUCUCAGCGAUAGACUAAACCAUUUCUUCCUGACAUACUGAAAUGAUCUUGAAUGUCUAUUGUUCCUUCCAGUGUUUUUGUCUCUUGCACCCUUAUGUCAGAAAGAAAUACAAUUAAAAACUGUUUCUGCAGAUCUCCUGCACACAAUCAAGUGGGCGCAUCUCACCGAGGAUCUCCCUUCAAGGCGACUUUGUCUCCUUUAAUCUGGGAUUUGCCCGCUUGACUUUCUGGCUCCAUCAUCACCACUGAAAACUGAGCAUAACUUUUGUAAAUAUCAGUUUUCCAAGUUGUGAAGCAAUGACGAUAUUCCUUCACCAGCAGUUGAAGAAAGUGUCUGAAUGUCCUCAAAAGCACAGAGAGCCCCGAAGCCAUGCAGCUCUUGAACUUUACCGUUUGUGAAAUAUAUAUGCAUCAGCCCAACAGAUGAAUAUCGUGGGAACUGAGACAAUAAUUUGUGUAAAACAAUCAAAUAAUAAUGUAAGGGUCCAUUCAACUGAUUACAAGACUGACGUGAGAGAGAAGGGAUGUGGAAACUGGAUCUUUGUUAAGCUGUCCUUUAGCUCCAGUGUAUUUGUGAGGUUAAACUGACCCAUCACAGUUGUAAAUGGGCUCUUACUGAUUCUGUCACUACAGGCAGGAUCAUGUGCAUUGUGAAGAAACCAUUGGUCAGUCUGAGUUCAGAUUAUAGACACCUCUGUUCUGCCUGACAAUUUUAGCACCUUGAAUUCAUCAAACUCUCCUGAUUUAUUUAUUUCAUUGAAUUUUUGUUUAUAAAACAUGAUCUUCAUUUUUAUGACGUUAACUAGAUCUAAAGUAAAAGCUGGAGCUCAUUGAAACGUUGAUAAUGCCAGCAGUUUCUCUGUUUAUGACUUUCAUGAUGAAUUUCUUUUUACUUUGACUUAUUAAUGAAGUGGAAUAUCAACGAACACCUAAAAGGAUUUUUCUGUGUUCUCAACAAGUCUUUGUAAUAGAUACAUUAACAGACUGCAAGAAAUCAGUAUCUCAAAGCAAAAAACAAGGAGCUACAGCUGUUGGUUGGUUUUGGAUCCGAAAGUCAAUGCCAUCAGGGUAAAGGUUUACAUUACAGCCAUAAGGUACAACAUGAGGCCAGCAUCCAUCUUGAUGAACGAAGAUGCUGGGAGUGACUCAAAAAGGGUUUGAGAAGAAUAAUGCAUUGUCCAAUCAGUGUGUAAGUUAUUGAAUGUCCAUGUGUUUCUUGAAAUGAACAGGAACUGUUUCUGUAUGUCUUUUUGAUUACUCGCAUUAAAGAGGACAUUCCAGA